AUGCCGGCCCCUGCUGAGGCCGGGCGUGUUCCCGGCCCGCCGGACGGCGGCUGGGGAUGGGUGGUUGUUUUCGGCGCCUUCGUUUCCAUCGGCUUCGCCUAUGCCUUCCCCAAAGGCUUGGCCAUCUUCUUCAAAGAAAUCCAGGAUUUCUUUGGCACGUCCUAUAGCGAGAUCGCCUGGGUCUCCUCCAUCAUGCUGGCCACGACCUACGGUGCAGGUCCCAUCAGCAGCAUUUUGGUGAACCGCUACGGCAGCCGCCCCGUGGUGAUGUUUGGGGGCCUCCUGUGUGGGGUGGGGAUGAUCUCAGCUGCCUUCUGCACCAGCAUCCUGCAGCUCUACAUCUGCGUGGGCUUCAUCACAGGAUUUGGCCUUGCUCUCAACCUUCAGCCAUCAGUGAUAAUCAUAGGGAAAUACUUCUUGAAGAGAAGACCCAUUGCCAAUGGCCUUGCUAUGGCAGGGAGCCCCGUGAUGCUUUGCACCCUGGCACCUCUCAACCAAUUCCUUUUUGACAAUUUUGGCUGGAGGGGCAGCUUUUUAAUUCUUGGGGCAAUUUUAUUAAACUGCUGUGUGGCAGGAGCUCUCUUCAGACCCAUAGGGCCAGGCACAGCACCGGUCAAAACCCAGGUGACUGAGGAAGGGAAGGAUGCUCUGAAAGGAAAAAUCACUGAAGAUGGCCCCAUGGAGAACAAAACAGAAGAGGAAGGAGAAAAGGACUGCUUUGAAAAAGUCAAUCAGUACCUUGAUUUCUCCCUCUUUAAACACAGAGGGUUCUUGAUUUACCUGAUCGGAAACGUGCUCAUGUUCCUGGGGUUCUUCGCCCCCAUCGUUUUCCUGGCACCCUAUGCCAAGCACACUGGCAUAGAUGAAUAUUCAGCUGCUUUCCUGCUCUCCAUCCUGGCCAUUGUGGACAUGGUUGCUCGCCCCACCACGGGCAUCGUUGCCAACAGCAGGUGGGUGAGGCCGAGGAUCCAGUACUUCUUCAGCUUCGCCAUCGCCUUCAACGGUGCCUGCCACCUCCUGUGCCCGCUGGCCUCCAGCUACACGGGGCUCAUCGUGUACUCCAGCUUCUUUGGGCUGGCCUUUGGCAUGGUGUGUGCCAUGCUCUUUGAGACGCUGAUGGACCUGGUGGGAGCUGCCCGCUUCACCAGCGCCGUGGGCCUCGUCACCAUCGCCGAGUGCUGCACCAUCCUGCUGGGACCCCCCAUCGGAGGAAUUCUUAUUGAUACCUUUGGGGACUAUAAAUAUAUGUUCAUUAAAUGUGGAGCUGUGAUGGUCCUGGCAGGAACCUUUCUGUUCAUCAUGAAUUAUUAUAAUUAUCGUAUGCUUGCCAAGGAGGAGAAGGAAAGAAAGGCAAAAGAAGAGGAUCCUAAAUCUGUAAGGACAGAAAACGAAGGCAAAAAAAACUGGAACAAAGACUCCAUACAGGAUGGGCCUGAGCUGGAACCUUUGAAAGAGAAGAGAGAAGGAUUAAAGAAGGAAAUGAAUGGCACAAAUGAAGUUUAA